AUGAGAAUCUCUACACUCACAUUCAUCUUCGUUUUGGGCAACGCCUUAGGGGCGUUGAUCCCGUUGCACAACGAUAAUGUUGACAUCGAAAAAAGGACCGUUGAGGCGCCGCAGGUGGAACAGAGAGACGCUUUGGCGCCGUUGUUUAAGGUAGCGGCCCCAGUCAAAUCAAGGUUCAUUGUGGUGUACAAGGAUGACAUCUCGGACGAAGACAAAGACAACGAGUUUGCGUGGAUCAGCAGUUUGUUGGCAAGGCGUGAUGGAGCAGACACUUUGAAGUCGUUUGACAUCGCUUCUUUCCGUGGCUACGUGGGUAAUUUCGAUGACAGCACCGUCGAGCGGAUCAGAAACAGCGGUACAGUCAAGUAUGUGGAAGAAGACGCCGAGGUGGAGGCCAGCAGUAUCACCACCGAGAAUACCGAGUCUUGGGGACUUGCAAGAAUCUCUAGUCGCUCGUUGCCCAAAGACAAAAAGUAUAUCUACGAUACUGACGGCGGCAAGGGUGUCACCACGUAUGUGGUAGACUCAGGUGUCAAAACGGACGAUCCAGAUUUCGAGGGCCGGGCAAAGGUCGGUGCUGUUAUCGCUUGGUCCGAUGAGCCUGAUAGUGCCAAGGCACAUGGCACUCAUGUUGCUGGCACUGUUGGUAGCAAAACCUGGGGAGUGGCCAAGAAAGUCGACAUCAUUUCCGUGAGUGUGUUUAAUCCUACUGGAAAAGCCUACAUUUCCGAUAUCCUCAAGGGCUUUGAAUAUUGUAUUGCCGACCACAAGCAAAAGGUCAAUGCCCAAGUGAAGGGCUACAGAGGAGCUACUUUGAAUAUGUCGAUUGGAGGAGUCAAAUCUACAGCGUGGACCGACGGUCUUAAUGCCCUUGUUGACAAUGGGAUCCAUGCGGUGGUUGCAGCUGGCAACGAAAACAAGCAAGCCUGUGACUUUUCGCCAGGGUUGUCCAAGGCGAUCACCGUUGGUGGUAUAGACGACUCUGACAAUGCUUACGUAAACAUGAACGGCGGCUCCUGUGUUGACAUCAAUGCUCCAGCAGUCAACGUGCCUUCUGUCGGCACCAGCCAAAGCCCUACCUACAUGACUGGCACUUCGAUGGCCUCUCCCCACGUUGCUGGGUUAGCUGCGUACUACUUGUCGUUGCAACCCGGUUUAGGCUCUGAGUUCAGCGAUUCGCUUGUUGCUCCUGCUGAGCUUAGAAAGAGACUCUUGAACAUUGCCACCAAGGACACCAUCUCCAAUCUCAAGAAGGACACUCCCAACUUGCUUGCGUACAACGGUGCCUCGUUGCCUGGCGCCUUCUGGCUAUAA